AUGGAUCCGAAAUUGAAUUUUUAAGAAACUUUGUAAUGUUAGUAUUGCAAAGUUUAUGUAAAUAAAGCCUGCUAACAAGUUCAUUAUGCCAAUUGUUAAUUCAAUAAAAACCAACACUAAUAAGGAAUAACUAAUAACAAUGAUAAUAAAUCCUUCACUGCUUUUAAUAAUUAAAAUUAACCUAAAGAUAUUUUUGGUCCUUUCCAACAGAUUACUUUUAAAAAUGUUCCUUAAAAAACACAUUAAUUAAAUAAUACAGAUAUAUAAAAUACAUAAAAAACCCCUCCACCUAUUCAGUUUAUAAAGAAGCCUAUCUAAAAUAUCUAAUUUUAGGAUACCUAAAUAAAAGGGAAUUAACAAUAUCAAUAAUCAUUUAUCCAACUCAACUCAAAUACUGAAACUCAAUAAUAAGAUAAUAGGUUUGUCUCAAAAAAGGAGUUUCCAUUUUACAAUAAGGAGAUAAGUCAGGAACCAUUUCCUUUGCCAAAACCCUUUCAGACACCCUCUAUUCCUUAAUAAAAUACAAGUUCAGAGUAAAUUCUAUUACAUUAAUAAUAAAAAAAUUCUAAUGGUAAUUAGCCCAAACCUGAAUUAGGAUUCAACCAGUUUUUAAUUUUCUAAUAAAGUUAGGUGAAAAGUUUUGGAGACAUCCAAAAUUAAUAAUAGAAUUAAGAAUAAUCUUUGAUAUUUAAAACUUAAAAUAUAAACAACGAUGUGAAUAUAAAUUAACAAUAACAAUUCCCAGCUCCUAAAAAAUUUGAGAAUAAUUAAUAAAAGUAGUUCAAAAUUAACUUUUCUCAUUUAAAUCCCAAUAUGAUUCAGAAUAAAAAUUUAUAGUAGAUCUAACCUUAAUAGAAUUAGCAACAAUAAUAACAGAGCAUUUAUAAUAGUCAAACCAACCUUUCAUCAUCUCGUUUCAAUUAAUUAUAAAAUAAUCGCUAGCCUGAUAAUCACCAACCUACUAGUCAAUCCCAACCAAUUUAAGGACAGCCAUCUAUACCUCGUUAAUUUAUAAUUCCUUAGAUGCCAUAGAAUAUUUAACCACCUCCAUUAAUUUCAUCAUUUUUUACUAGAUUUAAGUAUAGCCCAUAAAAUAAUGAAGAUGAUGAUGAUGAUGAUGAUGAUAAUGAUGAAUAUGAUACAUAUAAUUCACAUGAUAGAGGAUUGCCUAAUUUUGAUAUAAACAGAUAGUAUACUGAUGAUGAAGUCAAUAGAAUGAAUUAAGAAUAAAUCUACCAGUAUUUUUCAAAUUUACAUAUCAAUAUAAACCAUGGAUAUUCAGAAGAUUUAAUAAAUGAAAAAAUAUAUUAGAAUUUUCCAAUAAGAGUAGAUGACAAUAGAAUUGAUAUAUGUGUAAUAUGCUAAGAAUCAUUUACUUAAGAAACCUUUACUACAGAUAAAUAGUUACCAUGUUCCCAUUUAUUUCAUGAGAUAUGUUUGAUAGGAUGGUUGAAAAGAUCCAAAUAAUGUCCAAUCUGUAAAACAGAGAUCGAACUAUGA